AUGAAUGAAACUGCUGAAGAUAUUAAGGUCGAACCUCCUCCACUACCACUACCACCAUUACCAACACAAAAUGUUGUUGAAGAUUCAAUUGCAUCUCGUACAAAAGAAAUUACUAAACGACCAAAACGUGACCGAAGUCCAACUCUUCAAAUUCAACCUCCUGCACCAAAAAUUAAAAAAAUCAAAGAGGUCGCACCCAAAUUACCGGAUAAAACGAAAUGGACAAUGGAAGAACAAAAACAAUUCUUCAGUGCACUUCGAAUUUAUGGUAAAAACUUCGAAGCACUUGGACAAUGUUUCAAUACACGACGUCGUCUUGUAAAUCCUGAAGCACAAAAACGUACAUUUGGUCAGAUACGUUGUUUUUAUUAUCGUUCAUUUCGUACCGUUUCAAAAUUAUGCACAUUUACAGAAGAAGAAAAAAGUAAUGUAGAUUCACUUGAAUUACGUUCUGUUCUUGCUUAUUUAUGUUUAAAACCAAAAGUUAAAUGCUUCGAUAAAAAACCAGCCAUAUCGGUUUUACAUCAACUUAUUCGUAACGGUAAUGCAUUUCUACGUGUUAAAGGACAACGAGAACAUGUAUCAAUUAUUGGUAAAGCAUUAAAACCACCUAAAACAGCGAAUGCAUUAGGUUCAACAAAACAAACUGAUCGUACAUUAUCAAAACAUGUCAAAGUUUUAUUAAGUCCAGCUUCACCUAAUGCUUACAUGCGUGUUGCUUUAUCAUGUCGAUAUCCUCAUGUUGAAGUGUUAUUAUCACGUACGACAACUAUAUCUGAAUUAAUCGAUAAAUUAACUCAAUAUUGGCAAUUAAAUAAUCAUGCACAAGCUUUAUGUAAAGAUGACUUAUCAAUGGAACAACUUGUCUUAUAUCCUCAUGGGUCUUAUCUAUCUUCAUCAUCAUCAACUGAUUCUCCAACAACAACAACUGAUUCGACUUCUUUACUUGAUCUUUCAUCAUCAAGAAAACAAUUGAUUACGAAUACAGAUAAACAAUCUCGUUCACGAUCAGAUUCUGAACCUUCAACCGAACCAUUAGUUGAUCUUUCUUCAACUUCACAAACAGUUUUGAUACGUAAAAGAAAUAAUUUAUCUGAAAGUGAAAUACCCAACGAGUCUACAGGUGUUCCUAUUUCAUCUAUGUCUCCAUCAUCAGCACCAGCAACACCAGUUUCUCUACCAGUAUCAUCGUCAACAUCAACACUUACAAUCAAUAAUAAAUCAAAUCUAGCACGAACAGCUAUUUUAUUGGCUGCUAAACGAGCUGUUUGUAAUAAUACAAAUAAUUAUGAUGGAUCAACAUUUACACUUGUUGAUAGCACAGAAGAUGAAGCUGAUAGUAAUGCUAAUUUAUUUAAACAACGUUUUGAUAUUCUUGAUUUUACAGAUGAAUUUCCAUCUGAAGAUGAAAUUGAAUUAGAUACAAAUGCGCCCAUACCAAUUCCUACAAUAGCACCUACGACAUCAACAAAUAAUUCAGUGAUUACAUUAACAGAUAUAACUCAGGGUAUGACACGACUCAAUUCUUCAUUUCUAACAUUAACUAUCGGUGAAUUACAAAAAUUACUUCAACGUCCAAAAGAACUUCGACUUACAUAUGAUUUUAAUAAUUUGUCACGUACAACUAACAUGAAUGAUUCUUCAUCAUCAACUAAUUUUCUUCAUUAUGUUAUUCAAAUGGCUAAUCAAUGUUUAACAUCCAUUGCUGAUCGACAAUCGCAAUUAGAAAUGAAAACAACAAAAAAAAUCAAUACAAAAAAACAACAAACAUCACGAUCAAAAUGUUUCUGUUCAUGUUGUUCUCAUCAACAUCCAAUUAAUACGAAAGAACAAAGACGUCCACCAACAAAAGCAACUAAUUCACCAAAUGCAGAAAUUUGUGCGUUAUUACAAAUGCCACAAUCAAUUCCAUCACAAGAUAUGAUGAUGAAUUCGAAUGAUGAUAUAUUGACUGUACAAACUUCGUUGCAAGGUAAUAUAACUAAUAGUACGAAUAAAUUAUUAGAUGGAGAUUUACAUAAUAAAUCCAUUACAUUACCAAAAAUCGAUGAACAAUCUGAUAUAUUUGAUACUCUAUCUUGGCCAGCUGAUACGGCAACAAUACCGCUAGAACAAUCUCAACCUUCUUCCAUGUCACAAACAACAUUGUCAACAAAUACAACUACUGAACUUCCAUCUUUGCUGACAUUGUUACUUCCAAUGAUGAACGGUUCUGAAUCAACUUCUAUUCCUCCUCCACUGCCACCGCCACCACCACCACCUCAACCAAAACAAUCUGCAAUUAUCUUUAGUAGUAAUAAUGGUGUUAUUGAUGAUCCACUGAUUCAAUCGUUAGCUGCGGAACAAGCUGCAUCCGCACAUAAUUAUGAUCUCUUAUCACAUCGUCAUAAACGAGUCCGACGUCCAUUACGUUAUGGUGAUCAAUCGACUCGUCCAUCAAAUAUUCAAUUUUUACUUGGUAAAUAUCAUUAUAUUGAUUUUAUCAAAAAGAAACAUUCAUUAUAUUUAGAUGCGAAUAUAAAUGCUCAACAAACAGCUGCUGCAAAUCAACGUCUAAUGUUCAAUACAAAUAAUACUCAUGAUUUGACAACAUUAUCGAAUAAUCUAUUCCUUAAUGAUUGUGAAAAUCCAAAUGAUCUUCUCAAUGAUAACACUAAUAUGAGUUCUGUUUCCUUGAGCACUACCAUUGUUAAUGCAGCGUUACAAAGCAAUGCAUCACGACUACGCCUUGAUUGGCCGGAUAAUAUGUCUGAUUUAUCAUUUGGUAGUUUUCCAGAUUUACUUGAAUCUAAUACAUUAUCAUCAACACCAGGUGAACUUAACAGUUUUGAACAGUCGACAAUAACUAAUUCGAAUGAACAAAAUAAAUGUUCUUCUGAAAAUUCAAUUUCAGAAGCAUUAUAUGCCAUCAAUAAUACGACAAAUUUAUUACUUCAAAAUUGA